CCCCUAACUUUGGGGCAACUGUACUAUGGAUGGGGCGUGAUAACAACUGUAGAUGCUCCAUUAAGAAUCCCAGUCUCCAGUGACUGUAACAAAAUGAUAGCCUUCAACAUGUUAUGGAAGAUCUGUCUAGUAUCGGCAUACGGGUUCUGUGUUACGGCCACUUCUACUGAUGUAGCCCAGGAACAAUCCAAGAAGGAGUCUUUCUUAAGCAGAUUUUUCAAUAAGAAAGAGGAACAUGGCACUGAACCUGUGGAAGUACUGCAAUAAGAGAUUACCAAGGCACAAGAAAACACUGAGGCAGCAGAGCCACCCAAGUACUCUGUUGAAUGGUAUCUGUUACCAAAGCCGGAAAAUAGAAAACAUCUUCUGGACAGGUUGCCAUGGCCUUUGGCCAUGAAUGUGCCAAAUAACUCUAGCAAAGCAAUAUUGCCCGUGGUAGAAAAACGUAUUAGGAAGUUUAUUUCAUUGAGUGAGAAAAGUCAGAGUUUGAGACGUGCACAUUAUUCUGGUCUCCUUUGGUAAAUCACCAAUCUUGGACUACCUUAAUGAAAACGAAGUUAUUAUAAUGUCAGUUUAU